AUGUCGCUUGGCGCUGCCUGCCCUACCUUAUCACACACCCACACCCACCGUCUAACCACCGUCACAAAGGCCACCCUCACCACGGCACAGGACUCCGCCACGCUCCUCCUGGCCGCCACGGACUCUGGCCUCCUACUGUCCUACCGACUCUGCGACGGCGCCGCCUCGGAAGACCUCGUCGCUGAAGAACAACCAAAAGCCAAGCAACCCGAACCCGAACCGGCAGCGACUGAGGACCCCAAUGCGGCAUCUGGCGACCCCGCCGCCGCAUCUGGCGAUCCCAACAUGAGAUCUGGCGACGCUGAUUUGAAAUUUGGCGACUCCAGAGUCAGAUUCGGCGACCCCCCGGCCGGAUCUGGCGCCCGAUAUGGCAGUCCCAGAGCCGAUGGCUUGCCGCAGCCUAGCGAUACAAGCAGCCGCAUUGCCGAGAGUCCAAGUGGCUCGGACCGGCCCGAAGACUCAGAGUGUGUGUGCGCGCGGUCGGAAGCCGAGGAACCUGCAGUGGAGUCCGCCGACGCGGGUGAGUCUCACGGCACGGGUGCGUUGGACGGUACGGGUGAGUGCCUUAGGGUACCUGGGCCUCGUCUAGAGUGGCUGACUGCGUUGAAGUGGAACAAAGCGAUCAGCAACAUCACGCUGGUGCCGUCGGCGUACACGUACAUGUGUUCGACGAGUCCGUACGUGGCGCUGGUUGAGCAGACGGUAGGCAGCAGCAGCCGGUGGGGCAGUCGCGGGUCCACGCGGCCUAGUUCAUUGCGGGACGUGGCGAGUCGGGCGUCUGGUCCGCAGUCGCGUGUACCAUCGCUAAGUCAAAGGGAAGAGGCGACUCGCUCGGAGGCGCCUCGUUCAGAAGCGCGUGGUUCAGAUGCGCGCGGUUCGGAGGCAGGUGAAAGUUCGGAGGGCGGGGGGCGAGCGUCUGAGCCACCGGAACCAGCGGUGUCGGACGCGUUCGGCUCGGAGGUGUUUGUUCCUGAGGAAUUGAGUUCGGAGGGGUUCGAUUCGCAGGCGUUUGCGGCUGAGACGACAACAGGUCUGGGCGACAUGCGGCCCUCUGACGUCUUAGUCUCACUCGUUUCGCUCGACGACGGGCGCUGUUUCAGCUCGUUCAUGCUCGACGGACCCACCGUCCCGCUCCCUCCGCCGCGGACAGCGCGCGAGACGGAGCUGGCGUCGCGGUUGGUGGUCUACUUCGACUCGCCGCACAUGUUUGUCUUGUGGGACAUGGUUAGUGCGCAGGCGGUGCUGCGCAUCUACUACCACGGCGCGGAUCCGCCUCUGGCCGCCGACCCGUCUCUAGCCGCAGACGAUUCUCUGGUCUCGGCGACCGCGUGGCAGAAAGAAACGACUUCGGAAACAGACCUGCGGAGCACGAGCGACCGGUCACGACUGGAGGGGGCUGCGUACAAGGAGAUGGUGGGGCGGCCUGUUGCGGCAUGUGCGAUCUUCCCGGGUCCAUCGCUGGCGGUAUUUACGGAGGACGGGCAGCUGCACCUGUGGGACUUUGGAGUGGGCGUGUACGACCAUUGGAGUCGUUCCGAGUUGGUCGGCCAAGCGACCUGGGUUGAAGCGCGUGCCCCCGUAGCGGCGCGUCGAUUCGGCCUGAGUGACGUCUGGCACGCAGGCGACCAGGAACGCGAUGCACGCAUCUUCCCAGGCUUCGUUAACUCCCAAUUCGUCCUUGUCCUCCACGAACGUGUUCUGCUCUUCCACGUCCGCGACCAUAAACUGCACCUACUCCACGACUGGCAUGCCACCGGUCUCCGCGUCCGCCAUGCACUCAAGUGCCACGCACUCCGUGCACACACAGAACCGCCACAGCAAACCGCUCUCGCCACACCCGAUCUCGUCAGCGCGGACCUCUCCGAUGCCAGCGGGAUGGGAGGGGUCAGCGGGGCCGAAGGGGUCAACGGAGCCGGAGGGGCCGAUGCGCAAGAGCCGAGUCGGAAUGCGCAAGAGCAGAGUGCCAGUGUGCGGGAACCCAGCGCCAGUCCGAGAAGUCGCGCGGCCUUGGGCGACCAGGCGGCGAAGGACCGCGUGUUGCAGACGCGCGUGGCCUACGGCGCCAGUCUGCGGGGCAGCGAGCGCAGUCUAAUGGUGCAGACGGCGGCGCGCACUCUGGUGCUGACGCUGGACGGGAAGUGCUACUGGGUCGACGAAGGUACAUUGCAAGGCCUUCCAGCGGUCGCGUUGGCUUGCCUUCCAGACGCCGAAUUUGCCCGCAACAGCCACUCCGUCCCGGUGCCUGCGACACCUCGCCGCAUGGGUAAGUGGCUCCGGACAGCGGCCGACCAUACGGGGUCACAAACCGCCGGGGUGGUCGACUCCGCACUGGCCGGAAGUCCAGCAGGGGGUCCAGGAGACGGUCCGGGAGACGGUAAGGGAGCCGGACUGGAGGAGCGGAAGUUCACCUUGGUUCAGUUGCGGAGCUGGAAACACCGGCUGCUCAUCUACCAAACUGCCGCUACGGGAGCACUCGCCACGAAGCCAGAGCUACCUGCAACCGAGAGUACGGUCGUCGGCUCCAGGACUGUCUCUAGAGUCAGUGUACUACAACGAAUGGCCAGCCACCGCAUUGCCAGCCAUUGGAUUGCCCACCGCUGGACAACCAAUCCAGACGCCGCCAACCAGAAUGCUGACCGGAAUACUACAAGCCACAAUGCCAGUCAAGAUGCCGCAAACCCGGAUGCCAACCAGGAUGCUAGCAAUCGGAAUGAGUCGCGGGCUAGUCAGUCUCGAUUGAGUCAGUCACGACUAUCUAGAGCGACUCGGCCCAAAGUAUUUUUAGGAGCAAGCACACGUCGGAUAAGCAGUAGUAUUAGUGGAAGUUGUCCGUAUUUAGCUAGUGACGUUUGUUACCUGGGUACGUCCGUGGUGGCCUGCUUCGGUAUGAGCCAGAACGAGAUUGUGUUUAGGAAAUUACGGCCGAAAGGAGCUGAGGACCUCGUUUCAAGUGGCCCCGUUUCGAAUGCCUCGAUUGAGGGUUAUGGAGCGGUGGAGCCCGGCUCCACUGCGGACGAUACCGCUGGCCGCAGAGAGAGUGAUACUCGCGGUUUGCUGGAGGCGCACUCCACAACCAAAUGCGGCCCCAUUGAUGACGAAGACCAGUCCAGUCACCAGUCGAAACUGACGGAUGACCAGACUGUCCGGCGAGGUCGACUUGACGGGGAACUGAGCAAUGGCCUGGGCAAUGGUCUGAGCAAUGGCCUGAGUAAUUGUUUAAGUAAUGGAAUAAGUAAUGGUCUUAGUAAUGGGUCGGACGAAAGUAUGGAGCCAGACCCGGGAGUGAGGUCAGUCGGGGUCGGGAAAGACCGACGCCGUUUGAGGCAAAUCGCACGGUCAAGGCGAAAUUUCGAGACACAAGACAGGUACGGAAGAGCUCUAGGUGGUUCGCUAGACGGUCGACCUCUAGGCGGCGGGUCGCUAAUGGCUGGCGGCUCGUUAGCUGGAGGGUCGCUGGCGGGCGCCACCGCGUAUGGUAUUUAUAGGCGGAGAUCUACCAUGGGCAUGGAUGGAGGAACCCACACGGCAAAGCGAGUUUCCUCGGCGCGGCGUACUCCUUCAGGAAGAGUCAAGCAACUAUGGGAAGAAGGUUCCUGGGUAUGCGAGGAAGCCCGAAUACCUUCUGCGGCUCCUGCUACAAGUAUGCUUUGCUUGAAGGAGGAGGGAGUUUUGGUAGCCGGCUUUGACGACGGGUACUUGGCCGUCUACUCUCUUAGCAGUCUCAACGAGAUUAUACGAAAGCCGUUGCAAGAUACGCUGCACAAUCGGCGCACCUGGGCCGCGCAUAUGACCAUGGACGGCGGUUUCCAGCCUAUCGUCCACUUGAUCCCAGUUACCAUACUCCUGGACAAAGGCAGUGCAGUGAGUGAGUCGUUAUUUUUAGCAGGGACGUGCCUGGGCGAGUAUGUGCUAUGCGAAGUGGUUCAUCGGAGCUUGAACAACACCGCAUCUCUGGGGACUGCGUUUCUUGGGCCCGGCGAUAGUUUUGAGGAUGCGCCCCAUCCCAGUGUUCGCCUACACAUUCUCCUAGCGUUAGGACAUCGAUUCAGCUCCAAUCUGGAAGCAGUUGUAUACAGUCCCUGGGCGAAAACGCUAUAUACUUCGGAUCGCGCUGGUUUCGCACACGUGUUCGAUGGAUUUAAUGGAGCGCGUCUGGGCUGUUUAGACUCUAGCACCACCUAUAUAACUAUCUCUCGGUGGCAGAAUCAGCUGCAGAUAUGGAGAGCGCGAUUGGAGGCCAGUUCUGCGACUUCAGACUUUAAUCGGACACCAAAAAGUAUCGCUUCGAAUUUAGGGUUAGACAUUUGUUGGAUCAAUGGAAUCUCAGCUUGCCAGAAGAUGUCAUGGUCAGGUCAGAAUCGGCUUUUGACUUUUGCUGGACUGAAGGAUCUGAAAAUCCCUUGCGAGAAUUAUUUGCGGACCUCUAACGUUUUACAGUUAUCUACAUCUGAGAUGCUGACUGCGGCGAUAAUACUCGGCUGCUUUUUCCCUUGGGACGGUUCUGUCAAAGAUCUCGCAACACUGUCCAAGCUGGGAGAGAAUUCGCGAAUCACUAUUCCGCAGGUUUACCGACUGUUUCCCUUGUCUCUCAUAUUCGUGAGUUAUCCCGGUGGAAGCACGACGGUUCAUUCGUUACUGAGGGUCCCAGGCACGGAUCCAGUGAAGUACAGUGCUCAGAUGCUGUCCAACGGGACGGAGGGGCUUUGGUCGCCUUCGGAGGCGGGGACGUCGAGCCCCCCGGAGGCGGGCAUGUCUGUGCUGUCUGGGGCGUCUUUGCCCACGCCGGGUGCGUCAAGGCAUUUUCCUGCGGCGGUUGUGCCGGCACCAGUGCCGGAGCUCGCUUUCCCAAGGCCGGAACCGAGUAGUUUGUGGAUUCUGACCCGGCAGGUAGUCUGUGCGGAUGUGGUUUGGGCCUGGCAGACGCACUUGCUGACGAGCGAAGACGAUGAGGGGAAAGAGAAGUGGCUGCAGGCAGAGGUACGUCGUUGUCGACAGUACCUGUACCGGUGUUUGUUGCAUAAUACGAAGCGUUACCGGCGUUUGCGCGGUCUAGGGACGGCGCCUACACAUUCUGUGAUGAUGUUGGCCAGCCACAAACUAGUCUCUUCGCGGAAUGCGUACUCACGGACCACGGCAAACGAGAUCUUGAAGCAGACGGCGCUGCGUUCGGCCCGUGCCCUGGAGGAUCCCGAGCUGCUCAUGACCAUGAAGGCCUGUCUGGCCGUCCUCCGCGCGGCCCUGGUACGUUCCAAUAAACCUAGCAGCACAUUGGACGACGGCCUCGUGCAUGCGCGCAACCGUAGCGGUGGCGAUAACCCACGGAGCGCGUCGUUGCCGACUAACCGGAGUGCGCCCGAUCUGCGACAGUUUGCGCAGUUCCGAGGUUUCUGGAUCAAGCCACUCUGUCCCGGGCUCCCGAAGCCGCUGCUCGCCUCGUCUUCCUCCUUCCUCAACAACCAAGCAACGCUUUGCGAAAGCUGCUUCUACACCCUGCUCAUCCUCAACUACUACGUGGAGAGCGCUGAGGCCGGCAGCCACAAACCCCGACAUCGCCUCGACACCCAACCCAGUCGUGGGGAGGGGGGACAGCGGCUGGAACCUCGGCGGUCAGUCGGCAAGGUACUGGUGGACGGGAGGGCUCUGGCGGACAAGUUAAUGUUACAAACGCGGCACGUGCUGGGAGAGUGUACAUUACGGGUGCUGGCGGGUCCGUUGUCGUUUUACCGGUGGUUGAACUCAUGGACGAGCACGGGUACGCCGGGGGACCGUAUGGAGACCAAAGUGCGCAAGGCCGUGACGGACCCGUUUGUGCGUUUCAAGUUGCAGGUCCUAUUGGACACGCUUGAGGCACAUGGAAGGCGCUGGCGGCAGCUGUGGUUCGCUGACCCGCACCUGGUGAUCCGGCGUUGCUUCGUGGAGCCCUCUCCGUUGGCACUCAAGGCACGCGCGCUCGAGGUAGAGAUGGUCAAGACGCUCCGCACCCAGAACCGACUCGAACUGCUUCGCGGUCGCUAUGACGCUACCCUCGAUGCCGACCCCGCCGCGACCGACCCUGUCCUCGCUCAAGCCGCCACAGAAAACGCAGAAAACGCCGCCCUAUUCCAAUACACCAAUUACAACGUCUGGCUCCACUUCUGCGUUGAUGAGAACCUCGCACCCAUGAUCACCUCGCUCCUCUACCAAUGCACUCAACUCGCACCCCUUAAACUCAUAGCACUCACCUCCACACUCAUCAACCUCGGCAACCCAAACGUCGACUGCUUCAAGUGCUGCAUCCGAUGUCUAGGCAAACUCGCCUUCAAGUAA